CGCUAACGGGAUGUCAGCCACGUGCGCCGUGUCCCAUAAAGCGCAGCCGCCGCUACCGUCGCCCACCCCGGGUGAGCGGGAUCCGCCGGCAAAAGCGAUGCGCAGAGGGCUGAGGCGGGCUCACGAAGAGGAGCGGGAACAGCUGCCAUGGCCGGGAGAGAGUGCAGGUGCUGGAGGCAGCGAGCCCGAGGGGCACCAGGCGGCCUCGCCGAGCGAGGACCGGCGGCGGCGGCGGCAGCCACCGCAGGAUCCGAAGGCGCUGUCGGCGGCAGCCAGGGUGGAGGAGGAGGUGGAGGAGGAGCGGCUGGAGCGGGAGCAUUUCCGGAGGAUUAUCAACGCCUUCCGAUACUACGGAACAAACAUGCAUGAACGAGUGAACAGAACAGAGAGGCAGUUUAAAUCUCUCCCACCUAACCAACAGAGUCUUCUUCCUCAAUUCCUUCCUCACCUUGACAAGAUUCGGAAGUGCAUUGAUCAUAAUCAAGAGAUACUACAGACCAUUGUGAAUGACUGCAUUCAUAUGUUUGAAAAUAAAGAAUAUGGAGAAGAUGGAAGAGGGAAGAUUACGCCAGCUUCCACAUUUGACAUGGAUAAAUUAAAAUCCACUUUGAAACAAUUUGUGAGAGACUGGAGUGAAGAGGGAAAGCCUGAGAGAGAUUCCUGCUACCAGCCAAUCAUUAGUGAAAUUGUAAAGAACUUUCCCAAAGAAAAAUGGGAUUUCUCCAAAGUUAAUAUCCUGGUACCUGGUGCUGGGCUAGGUAGAUUGGCGUGGGAAAUAGCUAUGCUCGGUUAUGCUUGCCAAGGAAAUGAAUGGAGCCUCUUUAUGCUCUUUUCCUCUAACUUUGUACUCAACAGAUGCUCUCAAAUUAAUUCAUGUAAGCUUUAUCCCUGGAUUCAUCAGUUUAGCAAUAACAGAAGGUCUGCUGAUCAGAUACGUCCAAUUUACUUUCCUGAUGUUGAUCCUCACAGUCUUCCCUCUGGUUCAAACUUCUCUAUGACAGCAGGGGAUUUUCAAGAAAUUUAUUCGGAGUGCAAUACAUGGGACUGCAUAGCAACUUGCUUUUUCAUAGACACAGCACAUAAUGUUAUUGAUUACAUUGACACUAUAUGGAAAAUACUAAAGCCUGGAGGAAUAUGGAUAAAUGUAGGUCCUCUCCUUUACCACUUUGAAAAUUUGGGAAAUGAACUUUCUAUAGAAUUAAGCUAUGAGGAUAUAAAAAAUGUUAUACUGAAAUAUGGAUUCCAUAUAGAGGUGGAGAAAGAAUCUGUACUGUCAACUUACACUGUGAAUGAACUCUCCAUGAUGAAGUACUACUACGAAUGUGUGUUGUUUGUGGUGAGAAAACCAGAACAGAAGUGAUCUGAGUAGGUUUAUCAGAAAAAAACGUUGUCUUGAAAACUAGAAAUAAGAAUAAAAUGGACCGAGUGAUGUCUGGACAUAACCUCAAAUCAGUGGUGCCUUCUUAUUCCUAAUAGGAUUUAGAUAGUGUCUAUUUUCUUAAUCUCUUUGUUGCUAUCCAGUCAUGUACUAUGCCAUGCAUAUUUGUAAUAUACUUGUGAAAAUGGAGAUGUUCAUGUACACUGUCUUUGUGCUUUGGAACACAUUAAAAUAAAAGCAAAAGUGGUUUUUUGGGAAUAAAAUUUAAUGUUUGCCGUAUCUAGACUAAUUUUCUGCAUAUGCUGCCUCAUUUUUCAUAGAUUUAUAAAGUUUUUGAAAAUAUUUUCUGAUGUUAGGAAUGCAUAGGAUAGAGGUCCUUAUUGUAUUAGCCAUUUCACACUUAGACAAAUGUUUCUAAACAUAUACUUAAAUUACAAAAUGUCUAGUAGCUGGAGAGUUAUUAAAUUGUUCUUAAUAGGUAAAGUAGCCAUGAGAGCUGUUAGAACAUUUUCUGUGGAACUGAAAGGAAGUAUAAUAUUUUGCAAAUGUUAAUCUUUGACUGUUCCGCUGUUACCAAUUUAAUCAAAACACAGAACCUGUACGCAAUUUCACAUACUGAGUGAAAACAGAGCACUGAGUGAAGAAAAUGCAACGUGUCAGAGAAGCAGCAUGUUAACCUCAAUUUUGAUUAAUCCCUUGGUAUUGAAACUGAAGUAGAUUAUCUACCAUCUUAAGAUACAUUGAUUUUGAAUCACCUGCUCAAGCCAAAAAGGGUGAAGUAGUAUUUUUUGAUAAAACAUAAGUAACAGAGUCAUGUUAUGUCUUGAGCUCUUAAAAAAACAGAGAAGUUGGUAACAUAGCUGAGUUAUCCAUGCCAUGAGUAGUUAGUACAACAUAAAAAUCACAGUUUUGGAAGGAGGGGAAAAAAAAGUUAAAUGUAAAUAGCAAGCGUUGUGACAUAAUCACCUCUACCUGAGUCAGCAUAUGCAAGCCAAGUGGUAGACAAUUAUCUUGUAACUUCAGGCACUUUACCCUUGUCAAUAAAUUCUUGGUUCCUUAUCCUAA